AUGAAGACAUCACAGAUCAUGAUCAGCACGUGCUGUGUCUUGAGCGUCAUUUUCAGCCUCUGCUAUGCUCCACCCAAUUGGCGGCCCAUGGGGAGGUUCGGGAAAAGGACAACAGGUAAUAGUUGUUAAAAAAACAAAAAAAACAACAACUUUACACGCAUGUUUUAUUAUAUUCUUUCAGUUUUCACUUGUCAUAAGAAACAGUCAAUAAUUCUCUCGUCAAAAUUGAACCGACUUUUGUUGUCCAAUAAAUUGAAAUACAAUGAAGACAUCACAGAUCAUGAUCAGCACGUGCUGUGUCUUGAGCGUCAUUUUCAGCCUCUGCUAUGCUCCACCCAAUUGGGGGCCCAUGGGGAGGUUCGGGAAAAGGACAACAGGUAAUAGUUGUUAAAAAAAAAAAAAAACAACAACUUUACACGCAUGUUUUAUUAUCUUCUUUCAGUUUUCACUUGUCAUAAGAAACAGUCAAUAAUUCUCUCGUCAAAAUUGAACCGACUUUUGUUGUCCAAUAAAUUGAAAUGUUUCUAUCCCGCCCAGAAGAUGAUAAUGUGCCUGAUUUUGGGAUUUCCCAUCUACAAGACAUCCCCAUCGAACUGAUGUUUUCUAAGAACGAGCUCAGCAGAAGGAACUCCAAGCCGAGAUUGUGUUCCACCUCUGGCGUAGCUGGAUACCCGCCCUGCGAUGCGCAAGUCAAUGCGAUGUAAG